AAGCAAGAUGGCGGCUCAAGUGAAGCAAAUGCUGAAUUCUCUGUCCAAUGCCGGUGGUUCACACAAGGAUAUAACGGGGAAAUAUCGAGAGAUUCUAGAGAAGAUUUUUAAAUUCAAUGAUGCGUCUCUCACAGAAGGCCUCAAAACUUUCAUUGAAGCCGGUAAGUGUAUAUUUUUUUUAUGCAAAGUCUCCUUGCCUCAGUUUUGGAGUCCUUUAGCCUUUAUUUUAAAUUAUCCGUCACGUUUGUGCUGCGAAGCUGUCAAGCCACCUUAGCUUGUUCUGUAAUCUAGUAAUACGGCACAAUUUAUGUUUCACUAAAUUCGGUGCUUCGAAAUUCUUACUAUCAAUCCUCUUUUUAGUCUCAAAGAAAAACCCCCUUAGAGAAUUAUAAUACAAGAAUUUCACAAGUUUACUACUUUUAAUACACUGUUACAGAAGUCCAAACAUAUAAAAUAUGGGUGUAUUCUGUAAAUGCCCCAAAAUAUGGGAUUUGGAAAAAAAAAAAAAGCUGUUUUUUUUUUUAAAUAAACUUGUGUGAAAAAUUUCAAACCACAGCUAGAAUUAAACUUAAACACAUUUAUAUUAAUUUUUUUCUACUUACAGUGGAACCUCGAUAGAAUGAAGUGCCAACAGACUGGCAAAAUGUGUUCACUAUAACAAGGUUUCGUUAUAUCGAGGUCCUUUUCCAUAUAUUUUACCAUUACUGGGGGUAAAGAAAUGGUUUACCAAGGACUUGGCAGGGGUUUCAAUAAGCACUGACGGCCGACAAAACGCAUCGGCUAAUAAAGAAAUAUUCUGUCAAAACUUUUGUUAAAAUUCAAUUCGCUGGACCUAGACAGACUUUUUGCUUCAUAUUUAAAAUAUUUAAGAAAAGUUUGGAACUUACUGUGCAUUACUUGUCCAAAUUGAUCGAAAAUACACUCUCUUUUGUACUCAAUUUAGUGCCCUGAACACUGGAAAUCGCAUUUUAGGGCAUCGAAAUCUCGAGAUUUUCAAGUAGUACAGACCCCCAGACGCCUCUAGAAGAAGGGGAGUAAAAGCCUCUUUUUGAUACAAUUGGUUACUUUUUUCAAACCUGCUGGCUACUUCAAUUUCUAUUGAAAACCCGACUUCAUUAUAUGGAGGUUUGUUAUACCGAGGUUCCACUGUGAUAUAGCUCAUUGUAAACAACCUCUAUAUUCCAGUUGUUCAUGAGAGCGUCAGCCUUGUUGUAUCAAGACAAGUCUUAACAGAGAUUUGCAAUCACAUUCCAAACAUGGAUUCAUCUAUCGCCAAGCAAAUAUCACACUUCAUACUUGACAAAUUACAACCCAGAGCCAUCUCCUUUGAGGAACAGGUGAGUUAUUGACGGCUUUUGACCCAGAGGAAUAACUCUCCAUUGUAGCACAAAUGUCAACAUUGUUUUCGUUGUGUGUUUCCUAUCAAAUCAUUGAUUUUUCAACAUAAUAAAUUGUUGCAUAUCAAGAACAGGGGUGUAACCAUCCCAUAAACCUGUAGGCCCGGGCCUACAAAAGUUUUGGUUUGAUCACUCUGCCACUUGUUCAUUGUUGGGGUGAGCUAAAAAGCUUAAGAGGUGAAAGUGUUGGUCAGGUCAGUGAGUACUAGUCAUGCAUGCAAUUUUCAGGAUAUGUGGAAAUGAAAGUCAUACGCCCCUGAAGAAUAAAUUGUUUUGCGUGGUAAUGCUACUAGCAAGCUUGAGCAACCAUGACAAUGCUAAAGCAAUUAAGUUUAAUAAACAAACAAAACCUCUGAACAUGCAUCACAUUUUUGGUAAAUUUCUUUGCAUCAUUGCAUGACUAACAUUAUCAAACUUGAUCAGAAUGGCAAUUUGAUCAUUGCUUUAAUCUACUAGAUCUUCUUUUCAUCAAUAGCAGUUGUUGUGAAUUUGAUUUCAAUGAAAAUACCGAUACAAAAGUCUCAGUGGAACUAUUAAAAUUAAUACUCUACUUAUCAUCUCAAUAGUGUCAUUAAUCACACAAUACCACCACUACCCUGUGCACCACUGGGGCCAGCUCAUUUGUCUGUUGUUUUUUUUUGCAAUGUUUGUAAUAGGUUGCAACAAUUAGAAAACAUCUCGCUAAAAUAUAUGAAGAAUGCCAAGAAUGGAGAGAAGCAGCAAGAGUAUUGACUGGGAUUCCUCUGGAGACUGGGCAAAGGUGCUGUGAAUCAAAAUAAAAUUUCAUCUUCUGAUAUUAAAAUAGUGAAAAAAUAACAUUAAAAUGUAAAAACAUUAAAGUAAUUAAUAAUAAUAAUAAUAAUUUAUUAUAAGCAUAAUUGAUAAUUUUAUAAUUUCAUGUUUAUGGUAAAGAAGUUUCAUUUGAAUUGUCUUUUUUUAUUUAUCAAACCUUAUUUGAUAAAGAGACCAUCUUAGGGUAAAAUUUUGACAAGCAACGUGGCUUUGAAACAGUGACAUAAAAUGGCUGAAAUGGUGAUAAGCAACAUAAAGAUGUUUUGAAACUGCAACAGUGACAGACACAAGAAAAAAUGCAAGAGUAAAUUACCAGCAAGAACAUGGCUUUCUCCUCACUACUCGCAAUUAUGGGUUUUAAAAUUCAGAUGAGGAGCAUACUUACCCCUACUUCAAAGGUGUCAUUUUAACUUUUGCUAAGGUUCCUAAAAGGUGUAAAUGAAUGUAGGGACUCUCAUACUGUCAAGCUCAUUUGAUGCUUACUUUUAAAGGCAAGGGUUUUUCUUACCUACCGUUUGUUAACAAGAAAGAAGGAGGACUUUAAUCAAAAUGGAAGAAUAAUUUGAUGGCUAUUUUAAGCAGAAUAUUAUUCUUAACAAUAAUAACAUAGAAUGUUUUCUCAAACAUCAAAUCUUAGGCAGUAUUCAGUGGAUUAUAAGAUGGAAACUUACUUAAAAAUUGCACAGCUGUACUUAGAAGAUGAAGAUCCUGUACAAGCUGAAGCUUACAUAAACAGAGCAUCUCUGCUUCAAACCGACACGAAGACCGAAAAACUGCAGAUUCUUUACAAGGUACAUGCUGACAGUAGUAACUAUAAACAGUGCAUCAGAGUGGCUAGAUAACAAAUAGAUAACAUGUUUCUAUUGUCUUGCAGUUAUACUUGUAAAUUACGUCAAGAUGAGAUCGAAUGUUGGCUGCGUAUUCUUGCUAAUUUGUAGUCUUAUUAAUGUUUCUACCUUUAUAGACUAGCCAUUUCUAUAAUAAUUUCUAAGAGACUGUUUACAAUGCAGUGUUGCUCUUUUUUUUUACAAUAACAUCAAAAGAUUCUAGCAUCAAUUCAUUUCCAGCAAAGUUUUUUUAGAAAAUCACAUGCAAGAGACAGAUAAAAAAUUGAGACAGAGGGAGAGUUCAUUUGUGACACAAGUCCUGCUUACCACUAAGAUUAGCGAUGUCAAGAUUGCAUGGUGAUAACUAAAGAAAGAAGGUGAAUUCAGUCCUGUUGGACCUAGCCUGAAAUUCAUCCGAUUGCUUCGAGUCAUUUUCUCCUCUUACUGAGGGAGUAAUAACGACUCGAAGUAAUCGGAUGAAAUUCAGGCUAUGUUGGACCUAGACUUCUUCUACUAUGUCCCAAACAAGUAGGUGAUAAAGAGAAUUGGGAAACUGUGUCCUUUAAACAAGCGUAAAAUUACCAUUUCUAUAUCACCCUAUAAAUUUAAUGUGCAAACAUUAUUAUUUUUAUUUCACAGGUAUGCUAUGCUCGUGUCUUGGACUACAGGCGUAAAUUCAUUGAAGCAGCACAGCGUUAUAUUGACCUGUCAUACAGAACUGCAAUACAUGAUGAAGAGAGAAUGACAGCACUAAAGCAUGCUCUGAUCUGUACUAUGCUUGCUUCAGCAGGUGUGCCAGCUGCUCUUGUAAAAUGAUACCCUAGGCUAGUAAGGCCCAGUUCAAACAUUGAACUUUUCAUGUAGAGCUAAACCUAAUCCUUUCAAUUAACUGCAUGAAAAGAUCAACACUUGAAUCAGUUAAGUCCAACAUAUCUAAUUUGGGUCAACCCAUGAAUUAAGUUUGAGUGACCUGCAUGAGAAUUGUGACUGCAGAGCAGCUUCCUUUGAAACGUCAAACUUUUCAUGUGCCAAACCUGAUGCCUAAAUUACUGGUAAGCAUUGUAGACCGUUGUACAUAGAGUACUAAAGUGAUGACGUCAUAAAAAUGAAAUUUCUGAAAUUAUGGGAUUUGUCAGGAUGUUUUGAAAGAACAAUGACCAAGAGGCCUAAUUGCCAAAAAUGAGCAUUUCGCGGCUAAUUGUCUCUGAGAUCGUAGCCCAGUUAUACUCAGAAAACUCCAUACAAACCCUUCUAAUUUUUUUUUGGGUUGACCCAAAAAAAAUUUAGAAGGGUUCGUAUGGAGUUUUGUAAGCAUAACUGGGCUACGAUCUCAGAGACAAUUUGCCCCCAAAUGCUCAUUUUUGGCAAGUAGGCCUCUUGGACAUUGCUCUUUCAGAAUAUCCUGACAAAUCCCAUAAUUUCAGAAAUUUCAUUUUUAUGACGUCACACUUUAGUACUCUAUCGAGAAAAUGUAUUGAGUAUUGUAAAUUCUGUAAAAACGGAUUUUUUAAUACUUUCUUCCGCCUUUCACAUACAUUCUAUUUUGAAACUCACCCCAGUCCUCUCUCAAAAAUUAGAGAAAAUGCGUUUGGUGCGCACUUUCUGCAGCUCUACCGCAAAAACGAGUACGGUGACCCCCAUUUUUUAUUUCAUGAUUUUAAUAAGGACAGUGCUUCAACUCGCCCCAGUCCUCUCUCAAAAAUCGGAGAAAAUGCGUUUGGUGCGCACUUUCUGCAGCUCUACCGCAAAAACGAGUACGGUGACCCCCAUUUUUUAUUUCAUGAUUUUAAUAAGGACAGUGCUUCCUAUCGAUGAGAAAAAAAUUGGCACAACUCUAUGUUCAGUUUUUUGGCAAUUUUACUAAAUUGUACGGAUUUAGCCAUCACAGGUCGAAACGCGCGUGUCCAAUUUAAUUCUACUUUGGAGCGUAAAGUAAAAGCAAGGGCAUUAAAAGGCAUUUUUCCUGUACGUAAGUGGAUAAACAAUACAUUUAAGUCAAAUUCUGUGUGAUGCCACAUGCAUCAUCGAAAAAAUCUCUCUUUUUUGUCUAGUUUUGGGCUGUCCGCGGUUUUUGUAAAAGGGUCCUAAAUAGCCGUAUUUGUCAGCAUUGUGACAUCAAAAUGAGCACGGUGACCACCACUUUUUAUUACUUUUUUAUCAUCUUCUUGACUUGUUACAUCAGUGCACCAAGUUUUAGCUACAAUCUAUGUUAGGUUCUUUUACUAUGGAAUCACCUUAAAACGUUACUUUAGGAGAAGUGUGGCCAAGUUGUCAGUCCCUUGGACUCAAUAAGAAGUUCCAGGUUUUGUGUUGUGCUUUGCCAACCCACAGCUGGCUUUGUUUCUUGGAAGUCCCAGGUUCAACUCUCUUGUCACAUGUGUGAAUGGCCAACAGUCUUCUCCUGCAAAUUGGGAUUUCUAAGGAAAAAUUGGUCCAGUUUGCCAUGUUCUCCUUUAAGUGGUAGGGUGUCAAAAUUUGAGUACAUGUACUGUAGGUGGGGAAGGUUGGAAAGUUGGCUGUUCUAUGUUUCAUUUGUAGGCAGGUACUGUGCACAGAGUACCUUGGUGUCAGUACCCAGUCCUGGCUACUAAUGAAACUCUUCAGUUCCUAAAUCAUGUAGAAGCAUGUUGGCCUAUAGUCUCUGGCCAAGGGUGAGGAGCAUGGCCGUGCAAUAACAUUUGUUUUCUUAUAAAAGAAAGUUUGCUCCAUUAUCUCUCUCUUAGGUACUAACUUGAAUACUGCAGGGGGGACCCUGAAAUGCACUAACAUCCCAUCCGGUAGUAGCGACCAGAAUUUUAUUUCCUCAUCCCUAUACUUUAGGAUGUGGAUAGUUUCACAACAAUAUAUAUGUAAAGUGAAAUGUGCAUGCUUUAAUGAUUCUAUAUUAUCAGGCCAACAGAGAUCAAGGAUGUUAGCCAACUUGUUCAAAGAUGAACGCUGUCAACAGCUCCCUGCCUAUGGGAUUUUAGAAAAAAUGUGAGUUGUGCCUGUUUUACUUUUAUACUCAUCAGUUAUUAAAAAAAAAAUUCUGAUUCGAUAACGCAGGCUUUCUCAGUAUUGCCUGAACACUUACAUGUAGGUGCUUUCAUGGCACUGAUACUAGAAAAAACUCCUGAAAAUCGUUUUCUUUAGGUAUUUGGACAGAAUAAUUCGGGGACCAGAGCUUCACGAAUUUGCCAACAUGUUGAUGCCACACCAGAAAGCAACUACGGCAGACGGUAAGAUUUUUAACUUUGUAUAACGGUGUUUCAUCUGGUUACUAAAUCGUUAGCUAAGGCAAGCAAGCAAUGGCUCCAGGCAAGCAAAAUGUAAGAGAUUCUUGUCAAAAGGUAAAGGUGGAAUUCGAGCCCUGUUUACUAGUUGCUUCUUGUUAAACUAUGAUGUGAUUUUUUUGUGAUAUUUCUCCUCAAAGGUGUGUUGUUGUCUUUGUUUUAAGGUUCAACAAUCCUUGACAGAGCGGUGAUUGAGCAUAACUUGCUGUCUGCUAGUAAACUUUAUAACAAUAUCACUUUUGAAGAACUUGGAGCUUUAUUAGAAAUCCCACCUCCCAAGGUAAGUUUUACUUGGUCUCUAUCCAUGACAGUGAAUCAAAUGUUAUCACGUUAGUUACCAGUCAUCACAUUAGUAGCCUGCGAGCAAGCUCUCCGGGGCUUUCUGGCGGCGGGGGUGGGAAAAGGAAGGAGAGCAUGUAACUACAUCUCUUCCCCUGUAGCUCCCCGUUGACUGAGCUGUCAGAUUUCCACCCAUCAGUGCGAAGCGGAAAUGAAUGUGAAAAGACAUUAAAAAAAACACGUGCCAAGGGUAAUGAUAUCAUUAGUAAUGUCGUCUUCGCCAAUCAGUAUUUCGCAUUGACUUUUUCAAUGCUGAUAUUCAAAUUCCAGAGACCUAGUUCCAAGCUCUCUUUCUUUUUCCUGCCCUGCUGCCAGAGCACCCCCAAGAGCUUGCUUGCAUGCUACCAUGUUAGUUAUUAGUCUCCCAUGGGAGAAGACCCGAGGGAGACCACAAAAGUCCAACACAUCAUAAUUAUAAAGUCACUGCGAAGCUAUUUGGCAGCAUGCAAAGAAAGUCUUAUCCGAUAGCCCCGGGUUAGUGGAUUUUACUAUCGGGCCAGUGAAUUCUGCUCUUAGCUUGCCCGCCUGGCAAUUGAAAUUUUUUAAGGAAUUCUAAUCACAAAAGAACUGUUAUCAACCCUGCUCAUCAUCAGGCUAGUUAAAAUGACUUUUGGGCUAGUACAUUCUAACUACAGCUUGCCCGAAUGGCAAGUUGUAAAACUGACUUUCUUUGCUUUUCUUUGCACCCCGUUUGGUGAAAAAAAAUCGUUCAAAAUCCUGAGCCUUAUUUCAUCAAUGGUUAAACAUGCGUGGUGGAAUUAGCAUGCGAUCAGGCAAUUAUGUUUUUUUUUCCUUUCAACUUCAACUUUAUUUAUUAAAAAUAGUAUUACAAUAGACUGGCCCACAAAAUAGCAAUUGCUAAUCUAGGCAGACCAGUUAAAAGAAAAUUUUAAUGAAAGGAAAGAAGGGAAAUAUUUUAAGUUACAAUAAUUUGUAUUUCUACCUUAGUUUUGUUUUAAUUACCACUGCAUCUAAGGAAAAACGAAAAAGGAAUUGAUGGAUUGCGGAAAGCAUAUAAUUUUAUACAGAAAUUACUUUGAGAGACAUAGAAAUAUAGGGUGGGCAUGAUAAGUGAUUGCAUCUUAAAAUUUGGUCUUCUUUUCCAACUUUUUUUUAACCACUUUUAGAUAACUGUUCAAUAAGAACAGAAAAAAACUAAUUGAUAAUUAAUUCUAGUUGAUUUAGUGAGGUGACAAUAAUUCAAAUAAUGGAGAACUGUUCCAUAUUCUUACGUCAAAGAGUAUAUGUUUAAAUAAAAAAAUGUUGGUGGAACCAAACAUUUUAAUUUUUGAUUAAAGUCGUUUGAAAAGUUUUUGAAGUCGUUUUCAAAGUCCCGAUAAUUGCAGAAUCUGUAGUCAAAACUCAGAGAAUUUUUCAUUGCAGAAUAAAUUCGAAUUCGAAGUUUCUGAAGAUCGCGGUAUUUUUAAUGAUUUUGCCUAUGUUUGCUUUUAACUAGCUUUAAGCUAAAAGUUGGCAAAGAAAAAGUCUCGCUUGUUGACAAAACCUUGGCCUCAUAACAUCUGAACAAAUAUGGUAAAUCACGCCUGCAAAUUUAUAGUGACGCCAAAACUUGAAAAAAGUCGAGUCACUGUUUUUCAAGUUUGCCUGAAUACAAUCCAUGUUGAUAUUCUUCUGUUUGGUCCAUCUGCGCCUCUUGAUAGUUUUUUUUCUGUAUUUCUUUUUUGUUCUCCGCCAGUUUCAAGCUGAUAUUUUACUAUUUAAACCCCGAAAAUGACCAACAUCUAUUUUCUCCUACAAUGUCAAUACAUAAACAAGAGGAAAGGUUAUGAGAAUAUAUCAAAGGGACAUUUACAGGAAAAACUGGCGUUGAUCUUUAAUCAAAUUCUAUCAACUUCUUCAAGUAUGGGGAUCAGUGUGGAGAAUUUUUUUGUGGUCAUUGGGAAGGACAAAAAAUGGAACGUUCCUAGGUGUCUUUCUAACGAUGGAUUUCCACUGUCGUGCCAUUUUUACGUGCGUACGUACGUUAAUUUUACGCGCGUAAAUAAAAUAGAGCCAAUGUUGGGCCAAUAUAUGAAAGGCCGCGCGUAAACGUUAGGUUAAACGAGCUUCAACUUUUACGCUGUAGGUGGACUUCCACUUUCGCCUAACUUUUUAGUGCGUACGCGCGCAAAAUUUACGUGCGGAAAUAAACUAGAGGCGAUGUAUGAAAGGCCGCGCGUAAAACGUUAAGUUAAACGAACUUCAACUUUUACGCAUCAUUUUCAAAGUCCCCAUAAUUGCAGAAUCUGUGGACAAAACUGCAAUAAUUUUUAAUCGCAGAAUAAAUUCGAAUUCGAAUUCAAAGUUUCUGAAAGAUCGCGUUUUUUAAUGAUUUUGCUUAUGUUUGCUUAUUAGUAGCUUUAAGCUAGAAAUUGGCAAAGAAAAAGUCUCGCUUGUUGACAAAACCUUGGCCUCAUAACAUCUGAAUAAAUAUGGUAAAUCAAGCCUGCAAACUAAUUGUGACGCCAAAACUUCAGAAAAGUCGAGUCACUGUUUUUCAAGUUUACCUGAAUACAAUCUAUGUUGAUAUUCCUCUGUUUGGUCCAUCUAUGCCUCUUGAUAGUUUUUUUUCUGUAUUUCUCUUUUGUUCUCCUCCAGUUUAAAGCUGAUAUUUUAAUAUUUAGCCCUUUAAACCCCAAAAAUGACCAACAUCUAUUUUCUCAUACAAAGUCAAUACAUAAACAAGAGAAAAGGUUAUGAGAAUACAUCAAAGGGAUCUUUACAGGAAAAACUGGCGUUGACCUUUAAUCAAAUUCUAUCAACUUCUUCUCUAUGUUUGGAGAUCAGUCUGAAUUAAGACUUUCUUUGUGGUCAUUGGGAAGGACAAAAAAUGGAUCGUUCCUAGGUGUCUGUCUUUAGGUGGAUUUCCACUGUCGUGUCAUUUUUACGCGCAUACGUGCGUGAAAUUUACGUUCGCAAAUAAAAUAGAGAUAAUACAUGAAAGGUAGCUCGCAAGCGUAAAAGUUGAACCUCGCUGAACUUCUUGUUUAAGCUCAGCACUUUUUAUCUUGCCUCUAUCUUAUUUUCUUGAUUAAAAUUUACGUGCGUUAACGCGCGUAGCCAAAAACGCGUCAGUGGAAAUCUAUCUUUAAGGUGGAUUUCCACUGUCGUGUUAUUUUUACGCGUGUAAAUAAAAUAGAGCCAAUGUUGAGCCAAUGUAUGGAAGGUUGCGCGUAAAUGUUAAGUUAAACGAGCUUCAACUUUUACGCUUUAGGUGGACUUCCACUUUCGCCUAACUUUUAAGUGCGUUCGCGCUUAAAAUUCACGUGCGGAAAUAAAAUAGAGGCGAUGUAUGAAAGGCCGCGCGUACACGUAAUUCUAUACAUUGCCUGCAUUUUAUUUACGUGCGUACGCGCGUAAAAAUUACACGACAGUGGAAAUCCACCCUUGGAGAGAGUUGACCGUCAGGGUCCUUGAAAAAUCCAAUUGAUGCCUCUAUAAGAUUGACACUCCCCAAAAUCGGUAGACUACGAGCAGUCUCUCUUUUUUCUUGGUCCGUCGAGCAAAACGCUCGAGACACGCAAAUGACCACGCGCGUCUCGCGCCUUCGCGGCUCAACGCUCGCGCGCGCGUGCACUUCCCUUACUAAAUCUGAAGAAAAAGAGAGACUGCUCGCAGUCUACAAAAUCGGAGACCGAGAGCUAUCCUUUACCUUUCUUGAAUCCUUUUCCCAAGGCGGACACUUGCCCAACCUAGUUUACCCUGAGUUGAUUGUCUUUGAAGAAUCCAAAGGACACCUUUUCAUUGAUAAUAAACUGAAUAGAAACUGCGUUCUAGCGCAUAGAAACAAAGCAGAAUUGUUUCUGGUCGUCCAUCUGUAUGACAGAACAAAAAUACUGAGAACUUUAAGUAUAACGUGAAAGGCCUGCUAAAGAAGUCUUAUUUUAAUGGUAACACCAUAGGUUAUUGUCAAUUGAAUGGAAUCAUAAGUUAGAUGUGUGUCACAAGUCUCCUAGACUGUUCACAGUCCUCUAUUUUUCCGUAAAAUCAUCGAGAUCGAGCGCUUUGUGUUACGGGCUGCCAUCUUGCAUGAGUGUCAAAACUACUUAGGGGGAGGAGGCGGUUUGGGAGCUAUAAUCCCCGACGCCCGCCCCCUCGGUACAUUGGAAAAUCUAGAUACCCUUGACGGUAAGACGCGGUAUAUCUAAACGAUCUCACGAAAAAAUAGGGGACUGUGAACAUUCUACAAGUCUCCAAUACCUUGAAUGAAACUGGUAGUUGUGCCUCGCAAUAUAUUUUGACAUUCACUAAAUUUUAUCUAAUUAGACAUCUAAGAAGAAAUUCACGUUUGGAAAAGAUACUGAAAUAUUGUUUUAGUGUUUUUGUUUUACCACAAAACAGAAUAUUAUCCCCAUGUCAUUGCCAAUGGAUAGCUAACAUCCAUGUAUUGGUGUUGCAAUAUACAAAUGUUGGACUGUUUGGCCUCCUAUGUUAACGUAAACCUCUUUACCAGUGUAUCGUAAUGAGGGAUUUUUGCAUAAAGUUACUGUGCAAAAGUAGCAAAAGCUAGUCGAGGAGAAGAUUAUUAAUGAAUAAAUAAGCUAAAAUGGUUUUAUCACAACACUAGGCUACUGUUUUUUUGUAAAAGAGGAAGAAAAGAAGAAGAGAAAUAGAAGUGGUUACGGUGCAAACUCAGGUGCUAUUAUAUCAAUGUCAAGGUGAUAUUUCGUUUUCGAUCAAACAUUUCGGUACAGCGCAAAGAUAUCGGUGCGUUUAUCCGGUUACCUAACUGUUUACGAUGAAAAAUAACAAGAGUUAGAUAAGAAACACAACUAAGUAUGUUCACGUUCAAAGCCAGAUCCUAGCAAAACAACAGUUUAAAAUCCUGAAGAAAAUAAAAUCUUCGAAGCAUGAGUUGUGAGCUGUUUGUGAUAAACCUAAGCGUUUGCGAAUCAUGAAACCUUUCAAAAAUUUGUACGUCAAAUAUUAUUGAGGAAGUUCAAUGCCGCGGCGUCUUUGAACCUACCGCGAAAUUAGGCAAAUGUUUUGUGUCCAACAGCUGUAUUGGAUCUUAUGGGCUGUAUAUCCAACGCCAGCUGUAUUUGAAGGUUUACGUUCUUCACGUUAUUUUCCUGUUGAUUCGCCCUUGGUUAAGGAUUCAUACUAUUUUCUACGAAUAUUUACGAAUAAAUAAAAACGCACGCACAAGAAUGAUCUGGUGGGCUCUGUGUCAUUUGAAAAAAUGUAUUCUUUUCAUAUUUUAACUCGGAAAGUGAGUGAUGGAGUUCUGUAAGUUAAUUCUAACUUUUGAGUCCGUGGAUAAAUUUCUGUUGUGUGACCAUUCAAAUGAAAUCUUUUCAACAGUACUUUCACAUAGUGCUGUUUGUUUUUGCGCUUUUUCGAAACGAAUUUUUGACUUAGGCCACCCCUGGUAGUGAAAGGGUAAAAUCUUUCUCCCCGCUCCUUUUUUUUUCGUUUUUUCUCGUGUUCUGUUUCUUUCCUGGACGGCUCUGAUGAACCCCUAAAAGAGUUCUAGACUAGGGCGGCUCCAGGAGAAAACAUUUAAUGUUCCAUUUGUUGUGUAGCAUCUACCUGACUGCUACCACUAGAAAAGCUGAAAGAUCCCUACAUGUAUACGUUCAGGAUUUUUGCCCGUGUAUUUAGAGAUUAUUAUAACCGUUUCACUCUCAGAGCAAUGAUACAAUCGGAAAUGGAACUUCCUGAAACCUCCAGUCAAAUCUCUAAGGAGGUUGCAUGGCCGAGUGAUCUCGUUAUCUGGCGGCCCUGCGUCCGAGGCCCCCUCCGACGCUCCGAUCUGUGACUAGCUGGAUUAGUUUCUCGGUCGUCAUGAAUUCAUGUACGAGUAAAUAGCCAACCGGUUUGCCUCCUACCAGUGGGGAUUUUUAAUGCUGUGUAGCGGUGCACUUUCACCAUAAACAAACAUAUACGUUUUAUCUUUAUUUACUUUAUUUCUUCUUGUGCAUAUGAAUGUUAUAACGUUUAACGUUUUCACAAUAACGUCCCGGUUUUAUUCGCUAAGCCUUAUGUAACUUGGUGAUACGAGUGUUUGAACGAAGCAAACUGCCGAAAGCUCCACGCAGAGCGAUGCAAAUAACGGAUGGUCUGAAUGUAUGCUUCAGCAGCCUAUAAAAUAGCCAAGCUCAUCGAUUAUGACGAGUGCAAUCCAGUGCGAUAUUUUCUCUUUCAGGCCGAGAGAAUCGCUUCACAGAUGAUUUCCGAGGGACGCAUGUCAGGCUCCAUUGAUCAGAUUGACGGAGUUGUACAUUUUGAAAGUAAGUCAAAGCGUUCUUCUCAGAGAAUUUCACCUGUGUUAACAUUGCGUAGUCUCCUUCGCGGCUGUUUCAUGGGUCUCACGCAAUGCUCCUCCCCGCAAAUUAGGGAGGAGCGUUGCGUGACGACCCUACAAACAGUUACGAAGGAGACCAUACAUUGGUCUGCAGAUCAUAAAAUUCUUCUUGAAAACAUUUUAAAUUGUACUUAAACCAUAAAUAAGGACGUCAAAGGUUAGAAUUUCACCCUUUUAAAAUCAUUCAGGACUAGGAGAAGAAAAGCCUGUUUUCCACAAGAUCUAGCGUUCCAGGCCAGGCCGCGUGUAUCCCCUAUCGGGUUGCGGAAACAUUGUUAUUCAUCGGAUAUGUCAGAACCGGGCGCACAAUUCUGUUUUCACAUAAGCAUCCUCGCGAUUUGCGAAAAGAUUUAAUUCUGGAAAGGAUUUUGUUGUUAUGAUGUUCACAAAACUGGCUUUUUCCGAUCAGAUAGCCUGAGAAAAUAGCCGACAUUUCGCGACGUCAUCCGGCAUUGGUUUCCCCGCGAAAUGAAGUCUGAGAAACGAGUGCAGAAAUUCCGCAUUGAUGACUUGGCUCCGCCCAAAUCUGUAUCGGUCGGCUGUAUUCUCAGGCUACAUAUCAGAGUCCACCCCUAGUCCCAUUUUGAAAAUGAGGGUAGACGGGAAAACCGGAAUUGGUCCAUUGCAGCUCGAUCCUGAAUGGUAGACGAAGAACCACAGAUCUGCAUCAGGCCUCGCUUUGACAAAGAGCGGUUCGAAAAAUGGCUUUUCGUUUGGGUAUUCCGCAUUCGAGGAAGUAUGAGGGGAAUGGGCAUUAGCUUUCGGCGAAACGCCUUCUGGGAUCGUUUGGGCAGACAAGCGUUAUUUAUGAUUGGUUAAUGGUUGCCUUGGAUACCAUCGACCAAUCAUAACUAAUUGAGUUUCUAAAGUGGGAAUUGUUUCUAGGGAGACCAACAAGGGUUAACCCUUUCACUUUCUGAGUGAAUGAAGUCUUGUAAGGUGUGGUUCUAACUUUUGAGUCUUUGGACGAAACCGUAUGGUUUGCGGACGAUUCAAAUGAAACCGGUCUGGCAGUACUUUUACGUGGUGUUAUUUGUUUUUCACCAUUGCACAAAAUUAAAUGUCGAAUUUUUGUCGUAUUUCGAGUUUGACUAUUUCUCCAAGUGAAAGGGUAAACUCAAUGCAAUUCCCCCGUAUAAUCCAUACCCAGCGCUUUAUUUCUGGGGUUUCCGCAGCUCAAGAAGUGUUGCCUUCAUGGGACAGACAGGUCCAAAACUUGUGCUUCCAAGUCAACAAUGUCAUCGAGAAGAUUAACGUUCACGCACCGGAUUGGGCUGAAAAGUACCUAGAAUCACAAAUGUCUACUUAAAAACAACUGAUCGGACUUAUUCGCGGUAUACGUGAAAGCAACGAGGAGGUUACUGAAGGCUUUGACGCGAUGAGACACCAUCUCCUCCUGACAGAAUUGCGACUAGGAGACAUUAGUCCGGAUCGUGUCAUUAAAAUUAGAGACCUUUUGAUUCGAGGGCGAGAAUGACUAACUUGUACGAGAUUUGACUUUCACUUUUUUUGCGCAUUCUAAAAAUAGUCUCCCCAGAAAGCUUCAUUUUACUAUUUUUCUCUGUAAAGGUUAUCACUGUCAUCUUAAGUGAAGGAGGUUAUGUCCUCUCCUAAUC